UCUCAGAGCCAUUUUUCCAGGACACUGAUCUUUUACGCCAUCUGUCGCGUGAUCUCGUGAAGUGGCGUGACAAAAUAUCUCGCGAGCCCACCAUACGUCAGCAGUGUACGUGUUUUGAAAAAAAUCAAGAUGGCGGAGUACUUUGAUGAAGUUGUGCUUGAUGCGGAGGACUUGGAAAAACUCUUUGAAGCUGCAACAGAAUUUGUUCGAACUAUAAAGAAUUUAAGCGAUGAGAAAAAAUUGACUUUUUAUGCUCUUUACAAACAGGCUAAAGAAGGACCAUGCAAUACAUCAAGACCAGGGUUUUGGGAUAUGAUAGGAAAAGCCAAGUGGGACUCUUGGAAAAAACUUGGAGACAUGUCAAAGCAAGAAGCACUAGAACGUUAUAUACAGGAACUUUUUGAAACAGACCCUGAAUGGGAAGCAAAAUAUGCUGUCACUGAUGACUUGACUCCAAAGGAAACUGAAAAACCAGCUCACAAACAGACAAUGGGUCUUGCUGUUAGCACACUCAGAGGAAAUGAGGAUGAUGUCAUUAGUGAUGCUAACAAGUCAGUGUUUGAUUGGUGCAAGGAGGGUAACGUUAAAAGGAUGGAUGUUCUUCUGAACAAAGGGGAGAACAUUAACGCAAAGGAUGAGCAGGGUAUGACUUUACUACACUGGGCCUGUGACAGAGGCCAUGAGGAGGUUGUAACAUAUCUAAUAAAAAACAAGGCUGAGGUUAAUAUACAGGAUGCUGAUGGUCAGACACCUCUACACUAUGCUGCCACCUGUGAUUUUCUGUCAAUAGUAAAAGAACUCUUACAAUGUGGAGGAGAUUCUACAAUUAUCGACAGUGAUGGCUGUCGCCCAGCUGAUGUUGCAGAAAAUUCAGAAUUAAAAGAACUUCUGAAUAUUUAAAAAAUGCAAGUUUUUAACUGCAGUUUAAAAAAAUAUUUGAAUGUUUUGCUUCUAAAGCUGGGAAUAUAUUUAUUGAGUCAAACUAAUGGCUUGAAAUGCAUUGAAAAAAACAUUUUCAAAAUUAUUUUUACUACAAAAAUGUUAAGUAUAUAUAUGUGAUAUCAUAAUUCCAACAUGAAGCAAGGUGAAAGAGUAUUAUAUCUUUGGCAUUACUUACAUGAUUUUGCUAUUAUUUAUAUUUAUUUUGAAGGUUCAGAAACAUGAAGCAAUGUGUUUGUUAUUAAUUAAUAUCUUCUGAAAAUUUUCAGAAACAAGAGAAAUUGGAAUUUUUGAGGCUCAACCUUCUAUGAAUUUAUUGGAAAAAUAGCCUCUAAUGCAAUGAAAUAAAUAGUCAAACAGAA